AAACAAACAUCCAGUUUGUUACUUCUACUACUCGUUGUUCUUGCUUCUGCACACAAGUAAGUUUUCUCUCCUAUUACCCCAAACACAAGCAAGUUUUCUCUCCUAUAAGAUACUAAUGAAGAAUGAUGAUAUCUUGGGAGAUGGCAUCCCUUUUGAACAGGAACGUACCCUGAGGCAAAUGUGCUAUCAAUUGCUCAAGUUGCCAGUAGGGAAGAAAAAGAAUCUGCAAUUUCCAGGGUUGCACCCAGUUUCGCUCAAUCGCGAAAACAUACAACUGCUAAAGCAAAGAAUGUAUUAUGCAACAUGGAAAGCUGAUGGAACGCGAUAUAUGAUGUUGAUUACCGAUGAAGGCAGUUACUUGAUUGAUAGGAAGUUUCGGUUUAGGAGGGUUCAGCUUAGAUUUCCUUGCAGGCACACCGAUGGUUGUGGUGAGAACGCUCACCACCUCACUUUACUUGAUGGUGAGAUGAUAAUUGAUACAAUACCCGGUUCGGGGGAGCAGGUAAGAGGAUACCUGAUAUUUGAUAUAAUGGCUAUUAAUUCAAUCUCCCUUGUGGGCCGACCUUUUUGUGAACGUUGGGAAAUGAUUGAGAAGGAAGUGAUUGAGCCCAGAAAUUAUGAAAGUAAUCAAAUUCAAGGGAGCCAGAAUCCUCAUUAUAGAUAUGAUUUGGAAACAUUUGGGAUGAGAAGGAAGGAUUUUUGGUUCCUCAGUACAGUCAACAGUGUGUUGAAAGACUUCAUCCCAAAGCUUCCGCAUGCUGCUGAUGGCCUUAUCUUUCAGGCUUGGUUUGAUCCUUAUGUUCCUCGAACACAUGAGGGUCUUCUGAAAUGGAAGUACGCAGAGAUGAAUUCAGUUGAUUUUCUGUUUGAGAUGGUUGGCCAUCACCAACAGCUUUAUCUUCAUGAAAGAGGGAAGAAGAAGCUGAUGGGAGCAACUAAAGCUGUGUUCGAUGAUGGUAGCAGUCCCUCUUUGUACUCUGGGAAGAUCAUUGAAUGUUCUUGGAAUUCUGAACAUAGAGUAUGGAGUUAUAUGCGGAUUAGGUCGGACAAAUCAACUCCGAAUGACUAUCGCACAUAUCUACAAGUGAUGAGAAGUAUAGAGGACAACAUCACUGAAGAGUCCUUGAUCAAUGAGAUCAGUAGAAUAGUUAGACUACCAAUAUAUGCAUGUAGGAUACCAAGUGCCAAGAAGCCUAAUGAUAUCAAUAUCAUUAACAUUUAUGUUGGUUCCCAGAAAAGUUCUGGUUAUAACAGCUAAGUUUUUGUUGUC